AUGGAACUCUACAAGUCCUGACAAGGAAAAAACAAAUUUUGUUGCAAAGGAAAGCUUAUGCUAGGUCCAGACUGAUAUCGAGGUGUUCUAUCAGCGACCCUGAUCACUUUUUUGGUAAUUAUCAGCAUAAUAUACCCUUGCAACUUUUUUCUUGAAAACGAUAACCCAGCCCCAAUGAUAAUUCAAAUAAUAUUAUUAGUCUCGACAAUUUGUGCUCAAUUUAAAGUAGCAACUUCUGACCCUGGAUAUAUCCCAAAACAAAUUCCUCCUUAUAUCUCAAAAACUAAUGCAGCAUUAAACGAGCUUAUAGGCAUGCCGAAACCAAUUAUUUUUCAUCACAAUGGGAAUAUGGUUAAGAUGAAAUUCUGUCGCACUUGCUUGAUUUUUAGGCCUCCAAGGUCUUCCCACUGCUCACUAUGCAAUUUGUGCGUGGAGAAAUUUGAUCAUCACUGCCCUUAUAUCGGAAAUUGCAUAGGUAAGAGAAACUACAAAUAUUUUAUAACAUACCUUUCUAUUGCGACUUGCCUAGACUUUUCUUCUUUCGCAGUAAGCCUGGCGCACAUCCUGGAAAAAGAAGUAAAUGGGGAAUUUAGCAACGAAAUAAUUCCUUCAAUUAUUGUUAUUAUUUUUGCAUUUAUUGCAAUGUGGAUUGUUUUUGGGCUGUAUAGUUUUCAUAUAUAUUUACUUUUUGUCAAUAUGACAACUAAUGAAAAAAUAAAAAAUCUGUGGCCGAUUAAACUGUUUGGGCCUUAUCAUAGAGGGUCUUGUAUGAAAAAUAUUUUAUAUUGAUUGAAAUCAGAAAGAGGAAGCUGCCAGUUUAAGCCACAUAGGGUUGUGAGUCAAUAUGAAGAUGAGAGCCCAAAUUUUUUGAUAAGAGGAGUCAAAUUUGUAAAUAAAUUAUUUCAAAAUGAAGAGCUCUCAGAGAAAAAAUUGACAAAUACAAUUAUGGCUGGGCAAACUAGCAGAGAUAAUAGCUUUAAUAUGGAAGUUAAUAGAAUUGAUUAA